AUGGAGAUCCACUCCGGUGCGCCAUGCACCAAGAGGGCGAAGCUCGCGCCAUCGGCGACGCCGUCCUCUGGUGGCUCGGCGGUAGUGGAUGGAAGCGGCGAGGACGGCAUCAGCGACCUCCCAGACGCCAUCCUCGGUGAGGUCAUCUCCCGUCUCUCCACUAGGGAGGGCAUCCGCACUCGGAUUCUCGCACGUCGUUGGCGUUUUGUUUGGCCGACCGCUCCUCUAAAUCUUGACUGUCGUGAGAUCCCUGUCGCUCGUCUUUUUAACGUCCUAGAAAUAGUUCAUGUCGAGAUCAUCGGUAGGGUCUCUACCUACAGCGAGGAGCUUGCUCGUAUACGAUACAACGGAACUUGGCAUCAGGGAAAAACAGUUCCUGGUGAUGGUUCUUGCCUUCCAGAGUCCAUCCUCUCCAGCCAUGUGGGCGCAGUUCUCCGCCUUUGUAUACCGGCGUGCUACCUCCAAUGCAGACCCUCUACUGUCCACGCCUGGCUUGAGUCCCCCAGAUUGAACAAUCUCCAGAUACCAGACCAUUAUGUAGAGGUACUUGAACUACCACUGGUCAAGAGACUUUCGCUUGUUGAGGUUGAUAUAUCAGACUUCUCGUUGCAAAGCAUGAUCAACUCUAGUUGCCCUGCACUCGAGUGCCUGCUUCUUGUUUGCAAUAGAGAAAGGCAUCAGAUCACAAUAAAUUCCCCUAACCUUGUAAGCAUCGGCAUCCGUGGUGAGAAAGGAAAAUUCAUCAUCGAGGAUGCCCCCUCACUUCAAACGUAG